AACGGGACGCGCGAGUUUGGGGGAAGAGGACGACCUCCUGCUUCGAAUUCCAAAAUCUAUAAAAGAGUCUGGACCAGUCUGUUUAGGAGAAGAGGAGACCCUAAUUUCCUUUCUCUCUGCCCCGAUCAAAACCAAAGUUCCGGUUUCCCAUGGCAGCCUCCGCUUCCAUGUUCAGAAUUUGAAGGAACUCUGGGAGGGGAAGGGGGAGAGGAAGAAGGGCGCCUUCUGCCUCGUUUGUCCACACUAUAAGAGAUGACGGGCUGUCAUACUUCAUGACAGCCCGUUUAUCUUGAAGCAACUACGAAACAGAAGCGAUCCCUCUUCUCUUUAUCAUCACUGCAUCGUCAGCUUAGCUGCAGGUUAUUCAGAUUGAAGUUCUUUUUGGGUUGGUGGGUCAUUGAGUUAUUGGCGCAUCUGGUGCGAUCUACGUUGCAGUUAACCAAUUGCAAACUUAUUUUUUCUCUAAUGAAGACUAUUGGAUAUUGGUGCAAGACAAUUUGAUUGUUAACGAUAUGGGUUCCUUCUCUGGACUCCUUCAGCGACCUCUAGUGGCAGUUGCUGCUGCUGCCAUAGCUUCCGUCUCUGCAGACAUCUCUGACAAAUUACGGCCUCCUAGAUCAUCAGAUCCUACUUUAUUUACAGAAUUAUCUAAUACCAAAUCUCCAAAUUCAGUAAAGGAAUCGGCACCAUGGAUAUCUAACCUUUCUGUUUCUAAACUUACAAGCUUGUCAUUUGCAACGAAGGUCCAGAUUCCCCUACCUAACAUUAAUCAUCCACUGCUUCAUUCAUGUCAUUCUAGUACAUGGGGUCUUCUGUCCAAUUCACACUCUUCUUCUGUUUCUUCUGCUCCUGCCCUUCUUACGCUUUAUCAUUCUGCAAAAUUGGCAAAAGCCCCCAAACCAAUUAAAUUUAAACAUUUUACCCCUUCAUUGCCUCCUGAGGUUCUGUACAGAUGGCAUUUACCAGAAUCAUAUGAUUUGCGGGAUUCAGAUUGUUCAUCUUCAAAGUCUAGGACAGUGGUGGUUUUGCUUGGAUGGUUGGGAGCAAAGCAGAAGCAUCUGAAGAGAUAUGCAGAUUGGUAUACUUCAAGAGGAUUCCAUGCAAUUACCUUCACUUUUCCCAUGGCUGAGAUCCUCAGUUAUCAGGCUGGUGGGAAAGUUGAACAGGACAUUGAAUUGCUUGUGAACCAUCUGGCUGAUUGGUUAGAAGAAGAGCAUGGGAAGAACCUGGUUUUCCACACUUUUAGCAAUACCGGAUGGUUAACGUAUGGAGUUAUUCUUGAGAAGUUUCAGAAGCAAGAUCCAGCCCUGAUGGGAAGGAUUAGAGGUUGUGUUGUCGAUUCAGCUCCUGUUGCAGCCCCUGAUCCACAGGUCUGGGCUUCAGGUUUCUCUGCUGCAUUUUUGAAAAAGCAGAGCAUUGCAACAAGAGGAUUAAGUAGAUCAAAAGAAUCUGGUGCAGAGGCCUUAGUUGACACAAAAACUUCUAUUGAAACCAAACCUGCUGCAACUGAAACAGCUUUGCUGACCGUUUUGGAGAAGUUCUUUAAAGUGGUUCUUAAUCUUCCAACAGUUAACAGGAGGCUCUCUGAUGUGAUGGGUCUUCUCUCAUCACAACAACCAUCUUGUCCACAGUUAUACAUCUACAGCUCUGCAGAUAGGGUCAUUCCAGUAGAAUCUGUGGAGUCUUUUAUAGAGGAGCAGCGAAAGGCAGGGCAUGAGGUCCGGGCCUGCAACUUUAUCUCCACACCCCAUGUUGACCACUUCAGAAAUGACCCACAUCUAUAUACUUCUCAGCUUACCAACUUCCUGGAGGACUGUGUGCUGACUUGUUGCAAAGAUGCUUAAACUUGACCAACCACCUAGAAUGUCUCUUAUUAUUUCUUUAGUUUCAUACUUGUAACAGGUUAUAUACUCCUCUAUUCUCAACUGUAAAUUCAGUUUUGUUGAAUUCUUUAUAGAGGUAAUUGAAUUCAAGGGAAACAAUAAUCUUUCAUUUGUUUUUUCUUAAGUUUUCCUUAUCUUUUAAUUUGAACCUGUGUACAGAGUACAAAGCAAUGUAUUAAUAUCUAUGGAGAGGGAUCUCAAUACUGUAUCAUUAAACCGGGAAGCAAAACAAUGGAAUUAAAAUUUCAACUCUUUAUUGCAUAUAA